AGUCCGUACUGGAUCGAUACGGAGUAUGCACGGAAGAUGCGUCGCGCCGUACGCCAUAGGAUGUGCAUGUUAUUCGAACUUUGACAGGAAUGCAUGUGCAAAUGUUCUGGAUUUAUCGGCCCACUGCCCGGUCGGAAGAGCGGACUAUGCAGACGGUGAUUUGGCAGCUGAUGCAGUAUGCAUAUGAUGUGUGGCCCGGUGUGAAAUCGAUGUUUCCGCUCGUACCAUCUUUCGACGAACCAGUCGGAUGCCAUUGGCGCGCAGUAAAGGGUAAAUGGCGGAGCGGACGCGUUUUCUCCCCCGGCUGCAAUGAUUCAUUCACCAUUACCUCCCUAAUACCCCUCCCCUCCCUCACUUAUCGCUUGUCAUCUGUAAGGUCGAAGGAGAGUAGGACGGAUGUGUGGCAUGCUGUGUGCUUCUGGCCUUUCCUUGUGUGCAUGUGCGAGAGAGAGCGAGGGGAAGUCGCUGAUUGCUGCGAUAAGUGGGCGACCAUGAUGCGUGUGUCAGAGGCGGAGGACGACCCAAACGCGCGGUCCCUCCUCCCACACAGAUCCAGGAAUCGUAUAAAAGCUCACACCGACAAGGCUUCGUCCCUUGCCUCCGUCCAAACCCACAAACCUUCUGACCAAACUCAGAAUAACAUUCCGCUGGCAGGUAUAUAUCCCCAUCAAAGUCCCAUGGCCGGAUCUCAGCGAGUCCUAUAAACUUCGCGGUUGUCCCUGACGUUUCUCGUACCAUCCUUGCUCGUUCCGAUCUAGCAGUUCAGCCAAGCUACUAUAUCCGAAAACAUCGAGUGGUCCAGCAGUUUCGCUUGCAUACUGAACGCACUUUCAAACCAACUUCACACGCACAUACCC